AUGGGAAUCAAGCUGAAUACCCUCGUUGCUAUAGCGGCCGUGGUUGGAUUUUCAACCGCCGAAGCAGUGGGUUAUUUUGAUGAUUCCUCCGUUUGCGCAGACCCAGACGGGCUUGCAACUUGUUACGAGAAGGCAGAAAACAGUUACACAAGUUGCAUCACCAACAACUGCGCCGGAGGUAGCAGUUCCUGCGUGAAAUCAUGCAAUGGGGAUGCGAAUUGUAUUGCUAAGCAAUGUCCCAACCUCGGUGUGGAUUGCAUCAAUGCAUGCGGUUGUGUCAGAGCGGGAAACCAGAUCGAUUGCACCGCAUCUAGCUGCUGGAAUCAGGUGCGAUGUCAUAUCCAGCGUCCCGUGGCUCCACUAAUAACUUUUCUACCAAAGGUCUACUCCUGCGAAUAUCAAUAUACUGUCGAAGACCUUCUCAACCUAUGCGUCAAGCAACAACUGAAUGGCGUUCCCUUUUGGCCUCCUCCAGCCAAAGCACCUGGCGGAUGCUCUUGCAACAUUGGAAAAGCCGACAAGAAGGAAUUGCAGAUAUCGCAGUUCCUCGAUACCUGUGCAAACAACAUGACCAACCUGAAUCAAAUGUCGGAAGCGGAAGAUAUGACGGAUUAUGCGCAGGCCUGUAUCUGCUGUACACAGAGUGCCAUAAUGUCAACGAUCUAUGAUACCUGCCCGAAUACCGAGCCCUCCGCCAUCGGAGCGGAUGAUGUGUACGCUGUCUACUUUGCGCAUAGUAAAUGGGAAGGUUGCGGGAAAUACCUGGAAGCAUAUGAUUGCGCUGGAGAUUUGGGGUUCGGUGCUGAAAACGCCGGCGACACUCACACCUUCUACAAGCCCGGAGACUUCCCAAAAAAUGGUACUGAAUCACUAUACAAUACGGGUGGUAUCAUUUCGACUCCCGUGAGUGGUGCAACAUUCACAUGGACCCAUGGCACCAUAGAGCACCCGGUCACCGUUAGAUCGACUGAUAACGUCGUCUCUACCACUGCGACCGCGACAGGCACAUCGGGUGAUUCAAGCACCACAGCUUCCGAGACGGGAGCAAGCAGCACAAAGACAGGCAUGGCUGUUUCUGUUAAUAUGCCGCAUUGGGAGCCUGUCAUUCUGUCUGGUGCUCUUGCCCUGGCAUUAUUUUGA